ACAGUAGAGAUAGAGAGAGAAAGAGGGAGAGGCUGUUGUUGGGCUUUGGUAAUCAAUCUUCAAUCCCAUUCAAUCACAGAGACGCCUGAGAGACUGAGCUAAGCCACUCUCUUGCUUAAAUCUAUAUACAGGACACCAAACUAAAACCACCCACUUCUUCACUGGUUGUAUAGAAGUUAUCGACCACUACCUUAAGCCCUUGAACUUCCUUCAUUUCACUGUCUUUUUCAAUUAUCUAUAUAUUAAUCCAAUCAUUUUUCUAUAGUCCAGAUUUGUUUCUUCUCUCUUAUUUGCAAUAAUGGCGUCAUCGGCUUCUUUCACAUCUCCUCUCUGCACGUGGCUGGUGGCGGCUUGCAUGUCGUUCACUUGCCAGAAGGACCCACAUCAACCCACCCUUCUUCUUCCUCAUCCUUCCGGCGACAGGAGGCUCGGUCGAAGGAGAAAAGUUUUAUCGAAAUGCAGUGGUGCUGCUGGAUUCAAUCGUAUUUCGUCGUUUUGUGGAUCCAGCAUUCAGGGUCUAAUUACUUCUCUUGAGCCUUGCAAUGAAUACUACUCCUCUAAAUCCGCCCUCUCUUCUCUUCCUUUAUUCCCUGAUAAUGCCUUUUCUUCAUUUUUUGGAUCCAACUCUGUUACUCUCAAUCGCAGCCAAAGGAGACUCGCCCGUACCCGUUCCCGUUCGGGGGAAGCAAUGUCUGUAGCGGUGCAACCUGCUGAAGAAGUCACAAUGAAGAAGAAGCCUCAUACAAAGCAAAGGCGAGUGGUUGUCACAGGGAUGGGUGUGGUGUCACCACUGGGUCAUGAUCCAGAUGUCUUCUACAAUAAUUUGCUUGAGGGUAACAGUGGUAUAAGUAUGAUCGAGACAUUUGACUGCACCAAUUAUCCAACGAAAAUUGCUGGAGAGAUCAAAUCUUUCUCAACUGAUGGAUGGGUGGCUCCUAAACUUUCCAAGAGGAUGGAUAAAUUCAUGCUUUACAUGCUUACUGCUGGCAAGAAAGCUCUGGUAGAUGGUGGAAUUUCUGAAGAUGUCAUGGAUGAAUUAGAUAAGGCUAAAUGUGGUGUUUUAAUUGGCUCAGCUAUGGGAGGCAUGAAGGUCUUUUGGGAUGCACUUGAAGCUUUGAGGAUCUCAUACAAGAAGAUGAAUCCUUUCUGUGUGCCUUUUGCAACUACAAAUAUGGGUUCUGCUAUACUUGCCAUGGAUCUGGGAUGGAUGGGGCCAAACUAUUCAAUAUCUACUGCUUGUGCUACGAGCAACUUCUGUAUAUUGAAUGCUGCAAACCAUAUCAUUAGAGGCGAAGCAGAUCUAAUGCUUUGUGGUGGCUCAGAUGCGGCUAUUAUACCCCCUGGCUUGGGAGGUUUUGUGGCCUGCAGAGCACUCUCACAGAGGAAUGAAGAUCCUUCCAAAGCUUCACGCCCUUGGGAUACUAAUCGUGAUGGAUUUGUCAUGGGGGAAGGAUGUGGUGUUCUGCUUUUAGAAGAAGCAGAGCAUGCCAAGAAAAGAGGUGCAAAUAUUUAUGCAGAAUUUGUUGGUGGAAGCUUCACCUGUGAUGCUUAUCAUAUAACUGAGCCACGCCCUGAUGGGGCUGGUGUAAUUCUCUGCAUAGAAAAAGCCUUAGCUCAAUCUGGGGUGCCUAGGGAAGAUGUGAAUUACAUAAAUGCACAUGCUACAUCCACACCAGCUGGGGAUCUUAAAGAAUAUCAAGCUCUCAUGCAUUGUUUUGGCCAGAAUCCUGAGUUGAGGGUGAACUCGACAAAAUCAAUGAUUGGCCACUUAAUGGGAGGAGCCGGUGCUGUGGAAGCCAUCGCAGCUGUGCAGGCUAUAAGGACUGGGUGGGUACAUCCAAAUAUCAACCUCGAAAACCCAGACGAAGAAGUGGAUAUGAGAGUGCUAGUUGGCCCGAUGAAAGAGAGAUUAGAGGUUAAGGCAGCAUUGUCUAACUCAUUUGGAUUUGGUGGCCACAACUCAUCUAUCAUUUUUGUGCCCUACAAGUGAAUUAAAUCUUGUGUUGCUACUCCAACUGUAGCUGUAUCAUGACAAAGCUUAAUUUGCAUCAGGGAAAGAAGCACAACUUAGAUGUAGAGAAAUAGAAUGGUGCACUUUAUGGUUUAGUGUUCUUGUUCAGAUGGAUACUGAUGAUAGGGCUUGACUACAUGUUGCAGAGUACCCAGGAAGAAAUGUGGGUAUAUGUUUUAGUCAAGCGCAUGUGGACUUAAAAACUUAUUGCUUGGACAGUGCAGUAGCUUCACAGAAAGACGGAUGAAUAUCUCAAAGAUUAAGGACAAUGCUCCAAGAUCAGGAAGAGGUUAUGUGGAAUUAGCUUAUACUGUUUUCUUUUUCUCAUAAAUUGCCAAAGUGGGGCCUUUUUUAGUUAAUGUGAGCCACUGAACCAAAAAAAACCACUACAUGCAGUCAAUUUCUUGUUUUUGUGUAGAAGUAGGUGGCUGAUCAAAUUGUCUUGAUACACAGUUGUAACGAAUUUUAAGUUAGCAGUUUCUAGGCUAACCGCUCUAUUGCAUGCCAGCCAGUUUGUUUCUCGUUCA